AUGCAAUCAUCUUCUCCGUCUUCAAUUCCUCCGGUGGUCUCCUCCAUACCAUCAGGGGAUUCUUUUAUGGGGGAUGAAACUUCUUCAGUUCCUUGUGGUAAUGUUUCUUCUGAUCCUGUUAUUCCUCCUGGUUUUGAAAACUUUCCACCUUGUGGAUCUACAGUAUCUCCUGCUGCUUGGUCGUCUCUAUUUGAUAAGAAGAAAGAAUCGGUUAUCCCCACAGAUAUGGAAUUCUAUUUGUAUCCAGUGGUGGAUGGCAAGAAAUCUAUGGAUAUUCUUUAUGAGGUGUAUGAUGAAGACAUUCGUGUUUGUGAAGAUAAAGUAAUUGGAGCUUUUGUGGGUAGAAGACUACCUUUUAAUUGGGUUCAAAGCGUUGUAAAUCGGGCCUGGAAACCAAAAGGUGAGAUUCAAAUGACCAUUCAUGGCGAGAGUAUGUUUAUUUUUGAUUUCAAAUCUGCUAGGGAUAGAGUUAGAGCUUUAGAGAUGGGUUCAAUGUUCAUUUUUAGUGGAUUGUUUAUUGGUAAGCCUUGCUCUAGACUGGUUGAGAAGGAAAUCGCUGAAUUGAAAUCAAUUCAUGUAUGGAUGAAUUUUAGAAAUGUUCCUUUAUUCAUGUGGAGUAAUAAGGGGUUGAGUAUGAUUUCUAGCUACCUUGGAAAGCCUCUUAUGAUGGAUACUCAAACUCUAAAUAAGACCAGAAUGAGUUAUGCUAGGAUAUGUGUUGAAGUAGAUGUUAAUUGUGAUUUUCCAGAUUCUUUCACUUUCACUGUGGGUGGUAUAGAUACAAUUGAAAUUAAGAUGGAUUAUUCUUGGAAACCACCAAAAUGCAGUGAGUGUGCAGUUUUUGGUCAUGUUACUGCUAACUGUCCUAAACAUGUAAAACCAAUUCCAAAAGUAGUUCAAAAAUGGGUUCACACGAAGACUGUUAACAACAUGGAUAAAGAUGGGUGGAUUUUAAAAUCAAGGAAUGGGGCUAAGACUACUGAUCAGUUAGACCACAGUUCUAAAAAUAAUAUGGUCUUUCAUAUAGUAAUUGAUGCUGGAGCUAUGGACUCUAAUCAAGGAAUAUCUGAGCAGAAUAAGGAAAAUUUCCAAGUCAUUUUGCAAGCAACCCAGCAGAAGGCUAGUAAACCUGAAUCUUCUAGCACUGGAUCAAGAGCACACUUUCAGAAGAGAGGAUCACUUGAUCCACCAGCUAUUAACCUCUUUCCUAAGAUUGCAGAUUUGAAGAAGUAUGCUAGAGAUAAUGAUACUAAUAAUUGUUUUCGUAGAAUUUGGGUUGGAUGGGACCCAAAUAUCAUUCAAGUAAAUUUACUUUUGGCUUCUUCUCAAGCUUCAUUAUUAGAAGUUACUAUUGUGACUAUUGUCUAUGGAGAUAACUAUUACCUUACUAGGACUUCUUUAUGGAAUAUGAUCACUUCCUUUGUUGAAUCAAAUAGCAGGCCUUGGGUUCUUCUUGGAGACUUCAAUUUUAUCUUUGUUUCUUCUGAUAAAGUUAGAGGUUUUCCAAUUAUGCCAUAUGAUUAUGAAGGUUUUGCUAGAUGUAGCCAGUUAUCUCAACUUUUGGAUAUUUCUUUUACUGGAUGUUUUUAUAAUUGGACAAAUUGUCAACAAGAUGGUGUUAUCAUCAGAUAUAAAUUGGAUAGAGUAAUGGUAAAUAUGGAUUGGAUUCAGCAGUUUCAAAUGUCUAAAGCAGAAUUUCUCUUGCCAGGUAUUUCUGACCAUUCUCCUGCUAUUGUGUCUAUUUGUGAAAAUAAAAAGCAUGGCCCCCCACCUUUUAGGUUUUAUAAUUUUCUAUAUGAGGAAGAAGAUUUUCUGGGAGUGGCUAGAGUUGCAUGGAAUUUAUCUGUGGGAGCGUUGGUUAGAAGGGAGAGAGAUUAUGUUGUUGAGUAUGUGAAAUUGGCCAAGUAUGAGGAAUCUUCCCUUAAGCAACAGUUUAGAGUUAAAUGGUUAAAUAUGGGAGACUCUAAUACUCCUUUCUUUCAUAAUUCUCUCAAAGAGCGAAGGUAUAGGAAUAAUAUCUUAUUUCUCUAUAAUAGUGAAAAUGUUAAACUUUCUGAGGACAAGGAUAUUGCUAAUGAAUGUGUUUCUUAUUAUUCCCAUCUUUUUGGUAGUGAUCUAGAGGAUAUUGGAAAUGAUAAUUUUUUGAAUUUAAGGUUUGGGGCUUGUGUUAAACAAGAUGAUGUAGCUGACCUCAUUAAGCCUCACUACAAAAAUACUUAG